AUGACGCGUGAUAUGAGAACCGCUUGCCACAAGUGCUUGCCAUUCGGAGGUCAAGGUGCUACUAUGGCGAUACAAUCUGCCGUCGCGCUGACCAACGCCAUCUACGAGGAGCUCCCUACCUCCCAGACAGAACUGGACCGCGCCUUCAAGAGAUACAUUGAGGAACGCAAACACGCCGGACAAGCCGCCGUCUUUGCUUCUAGUACCAGUGGUGCCCUCAUGCACCGACAGGGUUUGGAAGUGGCCAACUCCUACCGCCCCCAGAUGGUCUUCUUGCCCCAUGUCCCUUUCCGAGGCACCUUCUGUCGCACCAAGACCAACAGCCCUUCGCCUCGCUUUGUCAAAGAGAUGUACGAGAAGGUCGGCAAGGUCGUCGCCCUCUAA